AUGUUUUUUCUCAAUGUAACUCUAUCUGCCCCUCUCUCAGUUUACAACUCCUUUACUUUCUCUCCCAAUGUAACCCUUGGUUACCAGCCUCACUUCUCUCUCUCUCUCUCUCUCUCUCUCUCUCUCUCAAUGCAACUCUCUCUUAUUUACCUACCUCUCUUAGUUUACAAUUCCCUUUUUCUGUGUAACUCUCUUAUUUACUUUAUCUUUAUCAGUAAUUAUUUCACUUUCUUUCAAUGUAACUCUCUCUUAUUUACCUGCCUCUCUCUUAUUUACCUGUCUUUCUUAGUCGAAAAUCUUCCCUAUCUCUCUCUCAACAUAUCUCCCUCUUAUUUACCUGCCUCUCUUUCAGUUUACAAUUCCUUCUCUUUUUCUUUCAGUAUAACUCUCUUUCUUAUUUCUCUAACUCUCAGUAUAAAAUUCUCUCUUAAUGUUUUCUCUCUCUUAUUUAGCUACUUCUCUCAGGCUACAAUUCCCUCCCUCUUUCUCUCUCAAUGUAUCUCUCUCUUAUUUACCUGCCUCUCUCUCUCUCUCUCUCAGAUUAUAAUCCCCUCCCUAUUACAAUCCCCUUCCUCUUUCUCUCUCAAUUUCUCUUAUUUACCUGCCCCUCUCUCAGAUUACAAUCCCCCUCCCUCUUUCUCUCUCAAUCUACCUGCUUCUCUCUCUCUCUCAGAUUACAAUUUUAUCCCUCUUUCUCUCUUAAUGUAUCUCUCUCUUAUUUACCUACCCCUCUCUCAGAUUACAAUCCCCCUCCCUCUUUCUCUCUCAAUGUAUCUCCCUCUUAGCUACCUGCCUCUCUCUCUCUCUUAG